CUUGCCCCACCCCCCCUUCAGACCUCUUCUCGCCUCAGUUCGCUCCUGCCUUUGCCCCCCCCUUUCUUCUCACUCCCCGCUGGUCCCUCGGCCCCUCCCACCUCUGUGGUCACAUGGGGGCACCGCCGGAUUUAAGCCUAAUCUGCCCAGUGCUCUGCACCGAGGUCUGGCUGUGGGGUGGGCGGCUGAGCUGCUCUCUGGAACCCUGGAAAAGGGGCCUUAGGGUUGCCCACAACCUCCCCUCCAUGAGCUUGGGGCUAGAGGGGUCGUUGGAGGCCCAGCUGGCACUGGAGACUGUUGUCCAGACACUGCAAAGCAGCAUCCUGGGGUCGGGCCAGGAGAAGGGCCUGGGUGUGCGGGACCCGGCCCAGGACUCUCUGCCCGCCCGCAUCAGGGAGAUCGUCACCCGCAACCUCUCCCAGCCUGAGAGUCCAGCCCCGCUGCCGGCCCCAGAGAUGGCAUCGAUGCUGUCGCUGCAGGAGGAGAACCAGCUGCUGCAGCAGGAGCUGUCCCGCGUGGAGGACCUGCUGGCCCAGAGCCGAGCUGAGCGCGACGAGCUGGCCAUCAAGUACAACGCGGUCAGCGAGAGGCUGGAGCAGGCUGUACGGCUGGAGUCUGGGGAGCUGGCAACGCAGGAGCCCAGGGGGCUGGUGCGGCAGAGCGUGGAGCUGCGGAGGCAGCUGCAGGAGGAGCAGGCCUCCUACCGGCGCAAGCUGCAGGCCUACCAGGAAGGCCAGCAGCGGCAGGCCCAGCUUGUGCAGCGGCUGCAGGCCAAGAUCCUCCAGUACAAGAAGAAGUGCUCGGAGAUGGAGCAGCAGGUGCUGGAGAGAUCCACAGAGCUGGAACAGCAGCAGCUGAGGGACACAGAGCACAGCCAAGACCUGGAGAGCGCCCUCAUCCGCCUGGAGGAGGAGCAGCAGAGGAGUGCCAGCUUGGCCCAGGUGAACGCCAUGCUCCGAGAACAGCUGGACCAGGCAAACUCAGCUAAUCAGGCACUGAGUGAAGACAUCCGCAAGGUGACCAGUGACUGGACACGCAGCCGCAAGGAACUGGAGCAGCGGGAAGCAGCAUGGAGGCGUGAGGAGGAGUCCUUCAACACCUACUUCAGCAACGAGCACAGUCGCCUGCUCCUCCUCUGGAGGCAGGUGGUGGGGGUGCGACGGCUGGUCAGCGAGGUGAAGAUGUCCACUGAGAGGGACCUGCUGCAGGUGGGAGGGGAGCUGGCCCGGACCUCCCGAGCUGUCCAGGAGGCGGGCCUGGGGCUGAGCGCAGGCCUGCGGCUAGCUGAGAGCCGGACCCAGGUAGCCCUUGAGAAGCAGGCCCUGCUGCAGGCCCAGGUGGAGGAGCAGCUGCGGGACAAGUUGCUCCAGGAGAAGGACCUGGCCCAGCUACAGGUGCAGAGCAACCUGGACAAGGCUGACCUGAGUGACAGAGUGACAGAGCUGGCCCUGACAGUGGAGCGCCUUCAGAACCAGAAUCUGGAGAAGGAUCGAGUCAACAAAGCCCUCUUGGAGAAGCUUGAAGCUCUGGAAUCCCUGCGUCUCCAGGAGCAGGUGGCCUUGGAGAAUGAGGAUGGGGAUGGGCUGCAGCAGACCCUGAGGGACCUGGCGCAGGCCGUCCUGUCAGAUGUGGAGAGCGGUGUCCAGCUAAGCAGCUCUGAGCACACGGCGGAUGCAUUAGAUGGCAGCCUGCGGGGACUCUCGGGCCCUCGGACCCCAUCCCCGACGCAGCGGCCCUCCCCGGGACGUGGACGUUCCCCCCGCAGAGGCCCGUCUCCCACCUGUUCGGACUCCUCCACGCUUGUGCUGAUCCAUUCUGCCCUGCACAAGCGCCAGCUGCAGGUUCAGGACAUGCGUGGGCGCUACGAGGCCAGCCAGGACCUCCUGGGCACUCUGCGGAAGCAGCUUGGUGACAGCGAGGGUGAACGCCGUGCCCUGGAGGGGCAGCUGCAGCGCCUGCGGGACAAAGCCGAGGGGGCGGCCCAGGCCCAGGAGGAUGCCCAGCGCGAGGCCCAGCGUCUGCGGAGUGCCCUCGACCUCCUGAGCAGGGAGAAGGACAGCCUGGCCCUCAGCCUAAAGGUGGCCCAGCAGCAGGCUGAGGAGCUGCGGCAGGAGCGGGAGAAGCAGCAGGCGGCACAGGAGGAGCUGCGGCGCCAGCGGGACCAGCUGCGGGAAGAGCGCGAGGACUCGGCGCAGGACAGCGCGCGGACGCGCAGGGAGCUCGAGCGCAGCCACAGACAGCUCGAGCAGCUGGAAGCCAAGCGCUCGGGACUGGCGAAGGAGCUGGUGGAGGUGAGGGAGGCACUGAGCUGUGCCACGCUGCAGCGGGACAUGCUUCAGGCUGAGAAGGCCGAGGUGGCCGAGGCGCUCACCAAGGCCGAGGCCGGCCGCGUCGAACUGGAGCUCUCAACAACCAAGCUGAGGGCAGAGGAGGCCUCUCUGCGGGACUCCUUGUCCAAGUUGGGUGCCCUCAACGAGAGCCUCGCCCAGGACAAGCUGAGCCUGAACCGCCUGGUGGCCCAGCUGGAGGAGGAAAGGGCAGCCCUGCUGGGCCGGCAGCGGCAGGUGGAGCAGGCGGCUACCUUGGCGCGGGAGGAGCAGGUGCGGCUGGAGGAGCUGAGGCUGGAGCAGGAGGUGGAGCAGCAGGGCCUGCAGGGCUCCCUGCGGGUGGCCGAGCAGGCGCGGGAGGCCCUGGAGCACCAGCUCCCCGCACUGCGCCAGGAGCGCUGCCGGCUGCAGGAACAGCUGGAUCAGCUCUCCCGGCAGCUGAGCGGGCGGGAGCAGGAACUGGAACAGGCUCGACGGGAGACGCAACGGCAGGUGGAGGCGUUGGAGCGGUCUGCGCGGGAAAAGGAGGCGCUGGCCAAGGAGCGGGCGGGCCUGGCGGUGCAGCUGGCAGCAGCUGAGCGUGAAGGUCGGGCUCUGUCGGAGGAGGCCACACGGCUGCGCUUGGAGAAGGAAACCCUGGAGGGCAGCCUGUUUGAGGCGCAGCGGCAGCUAGUACAGCUCGAGGCUCGUCGGGAGCAUCUAGAAGCUGAGGCACAGGCUCUGCUGCUGGCCAAGGAGACCCUGACUGGGGAGCUGGCAGGCCUGCGGCAGCAGAUAACAACUACAGAGGAGAAGGCAGCUCUGGACAAGGAGCUGAUGGCCCAGAAGUUGGUGCAGGCUGAACGGGAGGCCCAGGCCUCGCUACGGGAGCAGAGGGCAGCCCACGAGGAGGACUUGCAGCGGCUCCAGCGUGAGAAGGAGGUGGCCUGGCGGGAGCUGGAGGUAGAGCGGGCCCAGCUGCAGAGCCAGCUGCAGCGAGAGCGGGAGGAGCUGCUGGCCCGCCUGGAGGCCGAGAAGGAGGAGCUGAGCGAGGAGAUCGCUGCCCUGCAGCAGGAGCGGGACGAGGGCCUCCUGCUGGCUGAGAGUGAAAAGCAGCAGGCCCUGUCCCUGAAGGAGUCGGAGAAGACGGCGCUGUCAGAGAAGCUGAUGGGCACGCGGCACAGCCUGGCCGCCGUCUCCCUGGAGAUGGAGAGGCAGAAGCGAGACGCUCAGAACCGCCAGGAGCAGGACCGGAGCACCGUGAAUGCCCUGACAUCUGAGCUGCGGGACCUGCGGGCCCAGCUUGAGGAGGCUGCUGCGGCUCAUGCCCAGGAGGUGAAGAGGCUGCAGGAGCAGGUCCGAGACCUGGCCAGGCAACGGGAGUCCUGCCUCCGUGAGGCAGAGGAGCUCCGGACGCAGCAGCGCCUGCUGGAGGAUGCCCGAGAUGGGCUGCGGCGGGAGCUGCUGGAGGCCCAGCGCAAGGUGCGUGAGGGCCAGGACAGCCGGGAGGCCCAGCGGCAGGAGGCCGCAGAGCUGAGGCGCAGCCUGGGUGAGGGCGCCAAGGAGCGUGAGGCCCUGCGGAGGUCCAAUGAGGAGCUGCGGGCUGCCGUGAAGAAGGCUGAGAGCGAGCGCAUCAGCCUGAAGCUUGCCAAUGAAGACAAGGAGCAGAAGCUGGCACUCCUCGAGGAGGCCCGGGUGGCCGUGGGCAAGGAGGCUGGGGAGCUGCGGACAGGGCUGCAGGAGGUCGAGCGUUCACGGCUGGAGGCUCGGAGGGAGCUGCAGGAGCUCCGGAGACAGAUGAAGAUGCUGGACAGUGAAAAUGCCAGGCUGGGCCGGGAGCUGGUGGAGCUGCAGGGCCACCUGGCGCUGGGUGAGCGGACAGAAAAGGAGAGCCGACGGGAGGCCCUGGGACUCCGACAGAAGUUGCUGAAGGGCGAGGCCAGCCUGGAGGCUGCGAGGCAGGAGCUCCAGGGAGCCCAGAGGAAGCUGCAGGAGCAGGAGAGCGAGUUCAGGACCCGCGAGCGAGGCCUCCUGGGGUCCCUGGAGGAGGCGCGCGGCGCCGAGAAGCAGCAGCUGGACCAGACCCACAGCCUGGAGCUGAAGCUGGAGGCGGCGCGGGCCGAGGCUGCGGAGCUGGGCGUGCGGCUGAGCGCGGCGGAGGGCCGGGCGCACGGCCUGGAGGCGGAGCUGGCCCGCGCGGAGGCGCAGCGGCGCGCGGCCGAGGCCCAGCUGGGCGGCCUGCGCUCCGCCCUGCGCCGGGGCCUGGGUCUCGGCCGCACGCCCAGCCCAGGGCCGCUGCCCGCGCCCGGAUCCCCCGCGCGCGGCGCGCCCUCCGGAGGAAGCAGAGAAGUGCUCGGCAGUCCCAGCCCCUUGGAGCGCAGCCCUGUGUCCGAGCCCUCCUCCCCAGGACCUGCCACCUCCCCGGCACCUCCAGACCUGGACCCAGAGGUGGUGCGGGGGGCCCUCCGGGACUUCCUGCAGGAGCUGCGGAGCGCCCAGAGAGAACGGGAUGAGCUUCGAGUCCAGACAAGUACUCUGAGUCGCCAGCUGGCUGAGAUGGAGGCCGAGAGGGACAGUGCAGCCUCGAGGGCAAGGCAGCUGCAGAAGGCUGUGGCCGAGAGUGAGGAAGCCCGGCGCAGUGUGGAUGGGCGGCUGAGCGGAGCCCAGGCAGAGCUGGCACUGCAGGAGGAGGGUGUGCGACGCAGUGAGCGGGAGCGCCGGGCGGCGCUGGACCAGGUGGCUGCCCUGGAGCGGAGCAUGCAGGCCACCGAGAGUGAGCUCCGAGCCAGCCAGGAGAGGGUCAGCAAGAUGAAGGCCAAUGAGGCGAAGCUGGAGAGCGACAAGCGACGCCUGAAGGAGGUACUAGACGCCUCCGAGAGCCGCACCAUCAAGCUGGAGCUCCAGCGGCGCUCGCUUGAGGGGGAGCUGCAGCGUAGCCGCUUGGGCCUGAGCGACCGUGAGGCCCAGGCCCAGGCCCUCCAGGACCGGGUGGACUCUCUGCAGAGGCAGGUGGCAGACAGUGAGGUGAAGGCGGGCACACUGCAGCUAACAGUGGAGCGACUGAGUGGGGCCCUGGCCAAGGUGGAGGAGAGUGAGAGGGCCUUGCGGGACAAGGUUCGGGGGCUGACAGAAGCCCUGGCUCAGAACAAUGCCAGCCUCACCAGUACCCAGGACAAGAAUCUGCACCUACAGAAGACCCUGACCGCCUGUGAACAUGACCGCCAAGUGCUCCAAGAACGGCUGGACGCCGCACGGCAGGCAUUAUCUGAGGCCCGGAAGCAGAGCAGCUCCCUGGGUGAGCAGGUGCAGACAAUGCGGGGCGAGCUGGCGGACCUGGAGGUGCAGCGGGCGGAGGCCGAGGGCCAGCUGCAACAACUGCAGGAGGUGUUGCGACAGCGACAGGAGGGCGAGGCCGCGGCCCUGCACGCCGUCCAGAAGCUGCAGGAUGAGCGGCAGCGGCUGCAACGUGCCCUGGCGCAGCUGGAAGCCGAGAAGCAGGAGGUGGAGCGGUCGGCAUUGCGGCUGGAGAAGGACCGGGUGGCCCUCAAGAAAACUCUGGACAAGGUGGAGCGGGAGAAGCUCCGCAGCCACGAGGACACGGUGCGGCUGAGCGCAGAGAAGGGCCGCCUGGACCGCACGCUCACGGGGGCUGAGCUGGAGCUGGCUGAGGCCCAGAGGCAGAUCCAGCUGCUGGAGGCCCAGGUGCUGGCCCUGGGGCAGAACCACAGCCCGGCCCAGCUGGAGGCAGACGAGGAGCAGCAGCAGCAGCAGCAGAGGCUGGAGCUGCAGCGGGAGGUGGAGCGCCUGCGCAGUGCCCAGGUGCAGACGGAGCGCACCCUGGAGGCGCGGGAGCGGGCCCACCGGCAGAGGGUGCGUGGGCUGGAGGAGCAGGUGUCCACACUGAAGGGACAGUUGCAGCAGGAGCUUCGAAGGAGCUCCGCGCCUUUCUCCCUGCCGGCCAUCUCCCCAGAGAAAUGAGCCCCUUCCUGCUGGCGGCCGUGACCAGGACAGGGGGGGCCUCCUCUCCAGCACAAUCACCCGCAGCCUGGGCCCGUUGGGGCCCCAGAGCCCGGCUGGGGUGAGGAGCAGCAGAGGGGGCGGUGCUGAGAGCCACGGCCCCAGUGCUACACCCCCACACCCGCAGCGGCUUCCCAGCGCUUCAGAACCCCCGCGAUCUGUGAGCCCCUCAGUCCAGGCGCCCUCUAGGACCAGCCACUCCACACUGUAGAGGAACCCCUGAAGUGACUAGGGAAGCCAGGGGCUGGGGGCCCCUAGCUAACACUGGAAUAAGGGGCAGAGGAGGGGCCCGGGCAGGGGUCCAGGCCGGCCUCUGAUUUCCCAGAGCCCUCUCUGCCUUUGGCGUGUUCAUCAGGAAAGUCCUACGUUCAGAGUCCCUGUAUUUUUAUACCUUUUUACCAUGUUCAUUGAAAUUGUUGUUUUGUAACGGGAAACCCACUUUUCUAAAAACCCUUUGUGCAGACUCUUCCUUUGCUAUCACUGUGCCCCUCCCCGGUGCUGGAGGGGACGCAGGCGCGACUGGGGAGGCUUUAGGGGGGUCUGUGUGGAGCCGGAAGGAACUGCCCUCUCUCAGGCUGUCGGGUGAGGUGGC